AGUCGAUUUGGCGGUUUACAGGUUUUCUAGUUUUAUUGCACGACAUUUCAAUUUAAUAAGUCAGAAGUUCAACAAUCAUCAUGGUGGGUUUGUGGCAUCUGUGACUCAUCCAUAAUACAAGAUCUUUCUUCCUAUACAAUAGUUAGGAAAAGCUAUCCUCAUCAGCAUUCCCCAAAGAAAUCAGCCUCAUAGCCUUCUCUGCCUCAUUUGUCAGCAGAAGAGGAAAACUUUGUGUCGACUGAUGGAAGGAAGCCUGUUAAAGUGGACAAAUUAUUGGAAUGGUUGGCAACCGCGUUGGUUUAUCUUGGAGAAUGGCAUACUGUCUUACUACAUGUCCUUGGAAGAAGUUAAUCAAGGUUCAAAAGGUGCAGUAAAAGUCUCAGCCUGUGAAAUUAUCGUUAGCAAUGUUGAUAAUACAAGAAUGGAUCUGGUCAUACCCGGGGAGAAACACUUAUACUUGAAGGCGGCAUCUUCACAAGAGAGGCAACAGUGGCUCAUUGCAUUAGGCAGUUCAAAGGCUUGUCUUACAACUAGACAUAGACCAGGCUCAGACUCAUCAUCUCCUGAUUCAUUAAAGGCAAAGAAAUCGGAAUUGAAACUGUACUGUGACCUCUUAAUGCAGCAAAUUCACACUAUUAGGAAAGCAGCAAUGGGUGAGGCAGGCCCUGAUACGGAGAAAAUGUAUGAGGAAUGCACGCUGCUAGAAGCAACCUGUGAUACUUUUAUUAAGACCUUAGAAGAAAUUAUGAAUGUUUCUAAUUCCAACAGUCCUAACGACUUCUUCCCUAACUCCAGUUCCAUUUUUCAUUCUAACCAUUCUGGCAUCAAACAGCAGACGAAAAGUCCAAUUCAACCCAGUCUGCCAAAGAAAACAAGAUCAACUUCUCACGAUCGGUAAUAUGAUUAUAAAUUAUCCUCUAUCACAGGUUGAAUUAAAAAGUUUCUUGCCCUUGUUAAAAACAGAAUAGUUUUAAUAGUCCCAUCAGAAAUUGGAUUCUAUUUCUCAAAAUGAUAAAUUCUCUGAAGCAACAUUGUACCAGAUUAUUGUAAAGAAUUAUGAAGAAUAUGUUAAAGAAUCAAUUUAAGGUUUCUAAAUAAAUGUUGUGUCCGAUACAUUUGAAUACUGAAGCAUAAAUUGGCUUAAGAGGGCAUUAAUUUAAUUAAGAAACAGUUCAGUGGAAAGGACGUAUCCAGAAUGUCAUUUAAUGCUGUCUGUAAUGAGAAGUAGACAACCACGUAAUUAUAUACAAUGCAAUUCCAUGAGACAGCACAGCUACAGACGUUCAAAGCUUUACUGUCCAUCUCUUUCUCACUUGAUGUGAGGAGAAUAAAUUUUUCACUGUGCCGUGAAUGACGUGAUACUCCAGAAGUACAUAGUACUUAAACCAGAUUGUCUUCUAGUUGGUAGGAAGUUAGUACAUACUUUCAGUUAUCAAAAUUUUAUCUCAUCAAAAAUGAGACACAUGCUCUUCCAUUUCUUUAACUGAGUUUUGCUGAUCUCCUCUCCACCUUCAAGAACUUGAAACGACUGGGGGUGAUUUUCCCUGGGGUCAAGUUGUGAUCAAAAUGGUUGUCAAUAUAUUGCAUUAUUUAAAUUAACAAAUCUGUACAAACUUGUUUUUGCACCAGACAAAAUGGCAACCUUUGUACUUGAGUGAAUAGAAUCGUAAAUACACUAAAAAAAAAGAAAAUAAGUAGUGAACAUUAUGUGAAGGAAUAAAGUAACAUUUGUCUACAAAAGAUAGUAAUUAUGUUUAUGUAAUAUUAUGUAUUUUACUACAGCCAAAUGCUGUAUUGAAUGCCUUUCUCUUUUUAAAUGUAAAUAAGUUAUCAUCAUACCUAAAGGGGCAGAAGCUAUUAUCUUUUUUGCAUGAAAUUCAUGGUUUCUUAAAAUUUUGUACAAACUGUCAUAAUACUUGCACAUAAUAUUAUUGCACUAUUCUAGAGCAAAAAAACUGAUUUGAAACAAUCUCUUCUCUAAUUAAUGAAUUAUGUGCUAUGGCAACCCAAGUAAUGAAGCAUCCAUUAUUUCCUGUUGAACAUUAACGAAAGGCUUGCUCAUUAUGGUCUUUUAACAUGUCCAUCGAGAAUUCUGGCCUGCGCUUUAAAUUUUGCGCAUCAGAAGUUGAUGUAUACCUUCUAUAAGACAAGAGAGAAUAAAUUUGUAUAACUUACCCAUCUUAUAAUUGGCUUGUAAGUAUUAAAUGAUUUCAAAGCAACAUCCCGACGCUGGGACAUAAAGUCUCGCAAAACUUUAAAUUCUUAAGUUACCCAUAAUGUAACUCUAUCUUUACUGGUUGGAGCAAACUAUGCCAUGAGAUUUUUGGAGAAUAAUUUUUGAUGAUAGAUAAUUAAAGUUAUCUAGUCUAUAAAAAGUAUAUUCAUAUUUAACUUUUAUUUGAUAGCAAUGAUUUGAUUUUGACCCUGCAAAUGCUGUGCUUUUUUAAUUGUUUAAAAAAGAAAUGUGUGAACAUAUUUUUCAGUAUUUUACAGUGAUGUAUAAAAAAAGUUCAUAGCAGCUUGUAGUUCCCUUUAUUGCCUCAUGGCAUAUUUGGUGUCACAUUUGUGUUUAUAGCAUAAUGUAGUAUCUAUUUCGAAGCACAAUCAACUAAAUCAAUCAGCAGGAUUUUUGAAACUACUGUUUGCACAACAAGACAUCAAAAAUCUAUUUAUUGCAUGGUGCAAAUAGGGUUUUGGCUCGCUGUGUCGUCUUGUCAUUGCAUAAAAUAGUUUCAACAAUCAGGCUACAGUUGGAAAGCUAAACCUUAUUGAAGUAAGUCCUACUACAAGUUUCAAAAUUCAAGUUCUGUCUUCGUAAAAAUGUAAGCCAUGUUAAUUUUUCUGAGGCUAGGAUAACCUCUAACAACUUGUGGAAGACUAUGAGUAAACUUAAAAUAUUGGUACCUCAAAUAUGUCACUAAAAAUUAUCUCUUUCUACAUUCUAGUUUAGUUCUUUUUUACGUUAGUGUUAUUCUAACAUGUACUUUGUACGUAAAUGAGGACUUAUCUGUAACAAUAACGGAUGUCGAGUUUUCACAUUGUGAGAAAAUUGCGUUUGAAGUUUUCGAAGCUUUGCACUUUUCCGCCCGUAGAAUCGAGAGGAUUCCCAUAAAGAUUUUCAUGAAGAGCAAUUCUUCCAGUAAAAAACACACGUUUUACGAUCUAUGUGAGUGAAAAAUUGAAGGAGUAACAGCGAUUUGAAAAAGAUGUGACAUCCGCUAUUUUCACUGCAAACACUUUUUUAUGCAUGAAACAAAGUCUUCAGGAAGGGUAAAGCUGGUGAAACAAUUGAAAUUACCUAAAAGUAAGUCAAUGCUGAGUCAUUUAACAAAAUUGAUCAAGAAACUAAACCGUUUGUAACUCUUACAACAAAAACAAGGAACAAAUCCUAAAAUCAGUUAAAAAUUCAACAAUUCUGGCGAGACGGUCCCGAUACGUAUAAUUUGAGUGUCAGCUACAGCCCAUGGCCGGUGGGCAGGCAGUUAUCGCAAGUGGAUUCAAAUCUCCACAGAGUCCUGCCGCGCCGGCUGGGGAAAACAGUGGAUUCUCACAUCUGCUGUUUUUACGAAUAACAUGAUUUUCAGUUCAUAUCUCGCCGAAAAAUUGCACUGGAAGUCUGAAACUUUGCACAGGCAUUCUUGGAGGCUCUAGAUUUCGAAAAAAGCGAUUGCCCUAAAAAUGGCGGAUGCCAGCGACUGUUACUGUUACAUAUAUGUCCUCAAAUACUUUGUCAUUUCAAUUGAUUUUACCAAAAUUCUGGAACCAUGCUUUGAAAAAAAAAUUAUGAAAAUUGAUUCUCCAACAAUUGAUUUUAGCACUCUUCACAAUUCUUGAUAUCACCAAUGUAUUGUUUGAUGUAGCUCUUCGAUUUAGUCUUAUCAAACAGUAAAUCCAAUGAUAACGUGGUCUUCUGAUUCGGUACUCACUCGUUCUAUUUACAAAAUUUUCAUUCUAGGUACUGAAUUAAUGCAAGUAAGUAUUAUGUAAAUUUAAUGGUUUAUUUUGUGAUGUAUACUCAACCGGAAAAUUCUUGAUGGUACGUCCCUUGUAAAUUCAGCAAGCUCUAAAAGAAAAAGGUUGUAUUGAAGAACUCAAUUUACCUCAAUAAAUUAAACAAGCUCUAUUUAUUGUGGCCCUAAUUUUCACCGAAAACUGUUCAAACUUCAGGACACGUGGGUUUUCACCUUGUAAAAUUUAAUAGUUCCCAUUCAUUGACAAAUUUACAAAGUAAUGUUUUCAAAGUGAUGUUAUUUUUGGCAUCAUGUUGUAAUGAGAGUGCUUGAAUUCAGAUUUCUUUGAUUCUUGUCUUUCAGUCUGCCAAUGAGUACGUAUGCUUGUGUUUAAAAGAAACCAACGAUCUAGCUACCAACCUAUCCUUUUUAUUAAUAUAAAUUUAAGUGGUGACUAUCAGAACAGCACUUAAAUAUUAUCAAAUGUAUUCUUCUAUGGCUCUACUUUCUCAUUUUACUCAUUGUAACUUCUCAUUGCAUUUGUUUCUUUGAGAGGCCACAAUACAAGUAAAGUGAAGAAUAAAAUAGUGUAUUUCCUUCAUUCCUAAAAAUACACUAAAAGUAACCAGUAUUAUGUCAGUUGAUCUCACCGUCUUAAAGUAGAUGCUACCACCAAAUAAUAUUAUCUCUUGAACUCAGAUCUUUAAUUUGUAGUAAUAUUACUUAUCUACUGAUGCCC